AUGCGAACGUGGGAAAGCCCUCCACAGUUAAUACCAUAUUCUUUUGAUGAAGUGGUCUCUGUUUUUUGGAAUCGUUACCCGAACUCAAAAGCGUCUCAUAUAGUUUCAGAAGAUGUUUUAGAGAGAAAGGAGCCGUUUAAUUCAGUUCACUGUGCACCACCGACAAUUUUCCAGGUUGUGGGCGAUAAAAUUGUGACGAAAAAGCUCAUUGUCAAAAAGGGAGCAUCUUUUUUGAAGGCAGCUCCUAAAUGGGUUUCUAAACUAACUAAUGUACAGAUGGUCCCAACGAUUGAAGAAAGCGUUUUUGAUAGAGCUGCACGAAAACUGACUACGUAUACGCGAAAUGUUGCGUGGACAUCUAUUUUUCAUAUGCAUGAGCGGUGUGUGUACACGCCGAUUGAGUGGAUACGAAAUGAGCAGUCUACCUCCAGGGCCUCUAUAGGUCGUGCUGUUUUUGUGGAUGUUAAUUAUGGUGCCCUUGAUCCACUAAUUGAAAGAGUUUUUGUGCUUUCUUUUCGUAAUUCUAUCAAGAAAACUGCAGCUGGCCUUAUCGAAAAACUUGAAGAAAGGUUUGGUAUGCCGGCGAGUGGUGUCUCUUAUGCUGGUGGUAAAAUAUCGCAGAAAGCCGCGGAAAUCAAGGGGAAAAUUCUUCAGAAAAGUAAGAUUGGGUUCGAAAAAGCCUGA